ACAUUCUCCAUCAUGGAGUCAGUUUGUUGUUGAUAGGUCGAUAUCGCCGGCUUCUCUCACUGUGUACAGUCAGAAUUGAAGGAAAAGUCUGGGAUAAUAGGCAAAAUGCCCGGCAUCGAGACUGUCGGACAGGACCUGGAUGUGCCGCUGCACAUUUUGCAGCGAGAGGCGGCGGAGGCGGCCCUGGCUGAAGCGCCCCAGGAUGCGCCGAUCACCACUUCGGCCAACAUUGGCCUCAUCUACCCGCCUCCUGAAGUACGGAACAUCGUCGACAAAACCGCCAGCUUCGUAGCCAGAAAUGGGCCUGAAUUCGAGGCCCGAAUCAAAGCCAAUGAGAUCGGCAACCCAAAGUUCAACUUCCUUAGUACCGGCGACCCUUACCAUGCGUACUACCAGCACAAAGUCAGCGAGUUUAGGUCGGGCAAAGUCACGGAUGCGCCGGGAGUGCAAAAGCCGCUCCUCGCGUCUGCCCAGCAGAAGCAGCUGGAAAUUUUGAAACAGGUUGAGCAGCCUUUCAUCCCAAGGGAGCCGCCAGCAGAUUUCGAGUUCAUUGCCGAUCCACCUUCCAUUUCGGCUCUUGACCUGGACAUCGUAAAGUUAACAGCCCAGUUUGUGGCCAGAAAUGGCAGGCAGUUCUUGACCAACCUGAUGAACCGCGAGCAGAGAAAUUACCAAUUCGACUUCCUUCGGCCACAGCACUCACUGUUCCAGUACUUCACUAAGCUGCUGGAGCAGUACACCAAGGUGCUGAUCCCACCUAAAGAGCUGCUGUUCAAGCUGCGCGACGAGAGCAAGCAGCAGCAGGCGGUGUUGGACCAGGUGCGCUACCGCUCCGAGUGGCAGAAACAUCAGGAGGCGCAGCGGCUGCGCGAGGCUGAGGAGCUGGAGAAGGAGCGCGUCGCCUAUGCACAGAUCGACUGGCACGACUUUGUCGUUGUCGAGACGGUCGACUACCAGCCCUUCGAGCACGGAAUAUUCCCGCCGCCCACCACGCCUGAGGAGGUCGGCGCCAGGGUGCUCAUGCAGGAGCGAAUCGAGGACGGCCAGGAGGUGGCCAUGCAGCUCGACAGCGAUGAUGAGGGCAGGGAUAACACUCAGGUUCAAGACAUGGAGGAAGCGUCUAGUGACGAAGAGGAAGACAUGCGACGCACAACUUUAUUGGCUCCUCGACUCAAUCCAGCUCCAGCUACACUGCCAAUUUCCCAGGCGCAGCCACCUCCACUGCCUCCGGCACCAGACAAGGUGCUUGUGAAGAAGGGUUACGACCCAAAACAAGCCAAGGGCAAGAUUUCAAAUGCGUCCGAGGAGUACCUCAUCUCGCCGAUCACCGGGGAGAGGAUCCCCGCAAGCAAGGUGCAGGAGCACAUGCGAAUCGGAUUGCUGGACCCUCGCUGGGUGGAGCAGAGAGACAAGCACAUAAACGAGAGGAUGGGACAGGAGACAGUCUUCGCCCCAGGCACGGCCAUCGAGGCUAGUUUGAAGCAGCUUGCCGAGCGACGUACUGAUAUUUUCGGUGUCGGUGACGAGGAAACGGCGAUUGGUAAAAAAAUUGGCGAGGAGGAGAAAAAGAAGGAUGACAAGGUUACGUGGGACGGACACACGUCCUCGGUGGAGGCGGCGACGCGGGCAGCACGUGCCAACAUCAGUCUGGAAGAGCAGAUCCACCAAAUCCACAAGACCAAGGGUCUGCUGCCGGACGAGGAAAAGGAGAAAAUCGGACCAAAACACGUGCUGAUCGCAGCCUCGAUCAGCAAGGGGCCGCAGCCGCCGUCGAAGCAGUCGAUGCCGCAACCGCCGUCCGUUGGCAACAAGCCUGCGACGAUCGUGGCGCCGCCCAAGCUGCCACCGGCGCCGAUGCAGAUGGGUCCAAUGGGUGGCCCAGGAGGCAUGCCGCCGGGCCCGCAGCCCCCGAUGAUGAUGGUACCGCCGCCUGCCAUGCGGGGGCCGCCUCCACUUAUGGCCCGCCCCGCCUACCCUGCGCCCCCCAUGCCUCCAUACAUGCCGCCAUCCGCGGCCCCAGUCGUGCCGCCACCGCAGCCUAUGAAACAUCCAAUGGAGGUGGACCUGGAGGAGGCGCCAGGCGGCAAGAGGCAGCGCACCGAGGACACCCUUAUGCCAGAGGCUGAGUUCCUCGCCACCCAUAAGAGUCCGGUUCAGUUCAAGGUAAUUGUACCAAAUCAGCCUGAAAAGGCCGAAUUCCGUCUGCGCGGCCAGUUCCUCAACGUCAGCAUGAGUCUGAGCGAGCAGGUGACCCUGCUGAAGGCCAAGCUGCAAGAGGAGACAGGUCUGCCGCCUUCCAAGCAGAAGCUCAAUUGGGAGGGCGUCUUCUUCAAGGAUGGAAACACGUUGGCCUACUACAACAUCAUGCCCGGAAUGGUUGUCAACCUUUCCAUCAAGGAGAGAGGAGGAAGGAAGAAAUAAAUUUAAUUUUUUUCACCAUUUUAUGAGUUUAGCAAUCAAUAAAAUUCUGUUUUGACUUAAGAA